AUGGCAUCCACCGCCCGCUACGCCCUCACCUUCUACGCCCCCCCCGCCGCCGUCCAGGCCUGCAAAGCCGCCGUCUUCAGAGCCGGCGCCGGCCGGUACCCCGGCCCGGGCAGCUACACCGAGUGCUGCUGGUCGACCGCCGGCACGGGCCAGUUCCGCCCCGGCGACACCGCCAGCCCGCACCUCGGGACCGUCGGCGCCCUCGAGGAGACGCCCGAGGUGCGCGUCGACACCCUCUGCGUGGGCCUGCACGUCGCGAGGAGCGCCGUCGCCGCUCUCAAGGAGGCACACCCGUACGAGGAGCCGGCCUACCACGUUGUCAAGCUCGAGGAUAUCUGA